CAAAUUUAUUUAUUCAAAUAAAAUUAAGCUGUUAAGUGUCUUCAGCAUAAAAUAGACAAUUUAACAACACAAAAACUGUCCAAAUACUUUUUUUACACUCACAAAAACCUAAAACUUUACCAAACUGGCUCACAUGGCUAUGCAUCAUAAUACCAUGUUUCCGGGUACGGCAACAAAAUUUCAAACUAGACCAGCCUCGCCUCAAUUUGCCAGUUUUUCGCCACCCUCCGAUUAUCCACAUGUUCAGACCCAAGCCACGGUUCACUUGCAUCAUCAACAACAACAGCAGCUGCAGCAACAGCAGCAGCAACAACAACAGCAACUCCUUCAGCAGCAACAAAUGCAACAACAUCAACUGCCUCAGCAACAAUAUCCUCCACAUGCCAUGUCUAUGCGUCAUCCUGGCAAGAGCAUGAAUGCUGGUAGCAGCAUUAAAUCUCGUUCAGCUUCUUCAUCCGCCCAUCAUAUGGUCAAUUCGAAUACUAUGACGGGUGGCAUGUUGGCCGCCAUGUCGAGUGGUGGCAGUUUGGGUCAUCAUCGUGGCGAUUUGAUAUUUCCCGACGAAAUGGAGAGCAUAGAAUUCUGUAUGCCUCCACCACCGGCUCCCUCGAAUGGCAUGGGACAUGGUGUGAGCAGUGAAAUGCUGCUGGUACAUGGUAAAAAUGGCCUGUGUACGGGUGAGGCCUUCACAGAAAGACGAAGGAGAGGCCACAGUAGGCGCAGCAAUCAUAAAAUGGAUGUAGAACAACAGGUUAAGUGGUCUCGUAAAAACAUUGCUGCCACCAUGGAACGUUUCGAGCCCACGCAACAUCAUUCCUCUUCAUCGACCUCAUCGCUGGAGUAUGGUUUCGCUGCUAGUGUUGUCACACCUUCGUCGACACCAUCACACCAUUCGCAACAGCAAAUUUCACCUGUACCCUCACAAACGUAUCCAGGUGGAACUGCGGCUGUGGCUGCAGCAGCACCAUCGAGCAACUCUGCUGGUCCUACGGGCGCCGCACCCUACAACCAUGUAUACUCGUAUGCUUACUAUGAACCAGGCGCUGCAAAAUGUCACAUAAAUAUACCGCCAAAGGACGAAGCUUCAGCCAUUGUACCAGCCCCUUUGAUUAGUGCGGCGCCACCCGCCAAAAGUCCAACCCGCAAUUCCAUUAGAGCACUAUUAGCUAAAAGUUUUCGUUCAAAAUCGAAUAGCGGCCAAUCGACCUCUUCCUCGCCCAGUGGCACUGAUGAGAGACACACCUACACCACACGUUAUGGCACCACUGAAAAUCUAUAUGAGGAGGUCAACGACCAGAAGAUACGCAAAGUUUUGUCCGAUAAUCGCAUAGCGACAUCAAAUGUCAAGGAGGAGCUGAGAAGAGUUCAGCACAAUCACUUUAGAGUAUUGGAUGAAUUGAAUUUGUCUUUGGAAGCUUUGAUUAUGCCUGAAACUCCACCCGAUAUUAGUCCCAAUGAGGUGGAAGAUGAUGAAGGUCCAUCCACUAGUGCUGCAGCGGCGGCGGCAGCAGCUACAACUUCUAGGGCCUCUGUGUCUUCGGGUUCCCAUAGGGGACCCCGUCGGGGAGGUUUGUUGGGAGGUGCCGCUUCCUCUUCUUCAUCCACAGUGUCUUCUUCACAGCAGCGUACCUUAUCUCACGCCAGCCUAGAAAAUCUUUCUUCAACUCUCAACUCUAUCGAACUGAAGGACCACGCCCACAGUUCUUGUAUAAAUCCCGAGUUCGAUGAGGGUGACCUCGAUAGUGGCUUCAGCGGUAGUGGCAGCAGUAGUGGUGCCAGUUACAAUGAAAGUCUGCGCUAUUACAAAACCGGCCCUACGCCCAGUCAUCAGCAUCACAACCACCACGCCCAACAGCAUCAACUGCACCAGCAUGCCGGUCAGCAUCAUCUGAUACAGCCCACCACUUUACCCCACAAUAUGCGUAGUUGUCGAUCAUCAACUGCAUCCGGUACAUCAACUUCCAAAAGUAGUAUGGUUUCAUCCGAGGAUCAGGGCAUUGGCAUGAUGACCUCAUUGGGUAGCUGUGGAACAGCUGUUACCUCACCAGCCAAUGGCCAUUUACUAGCGUCGCCCUUUAACUAUGCACGCCGCUGCUCGGACACGCAGCGUGCGUCUGGUCGCUCAGCCUCUGAUUCCUCAGCGACGGGUGCUAAACCGAAAAAAAACUUUUGGAAAUUAAAACCGUGAUGCUAUAAAAAGGCUUUACGUAAACUCUGCAAGAAAUGGAGUAUAGUGGUGGUAAGUUAUUCUUAAGUUAAGCAUUUACAACCACAAGUGAUGUAUUUGUAUUGAUAAAACAUAAACAAACAAACAAAAAACAAAAAAACACAUAAAAUAUUUCAAACAAAACAAAAUAAAAAUUAUUAUUAUACUAUUAUUACUAUUAAUUAUAAUAUUAUUAAAAAAUUAAAUGCAUUUUUAGUUAAACUAAGCAUACAUGUAUUUGUUAAUUUAAAUAUUAAAACUAAACAAAAAACAAAACCUAAACUAAAACACAAAAUCAUUAAAUCAUAAAAACGAAUGUGAAUAAUAAAUUUAUUGAAUUUUUUGAGUUAAACAAAA